AUGUUCAGCUUCUACGAUCUCGAAAAUCCUAGUGAGGAGGCUCUGAUAAUAUUUUUAACGAAUGUUGUAGAUCAGGUCAUGGCUGAUUUGGUAGAAUCGAAAUGUAUCAUUAUCGAUGAGGUCCGCUUCACUUACUGUUUCGCUGUUCAACCUGUUGAAGUUUCAGGAAGAGAACAACAUUGUGUCAUCACCAUUCGGAAGGUUGACUCAAUGAUGAACUGGAGAAUGCGUAAGCUCUUCCCAAGAUCUUUGUUCACUUCAGCGUUGUUGUCCAACCUAUUGGGACGUCCUGGAUUCUUCCAAUACUAA